UUUUUGGUAUUUAAGUGUUUUUAGUGGCAGUGAAUCAGAAGCUGCAGACACUUGGCUGACGGAUUUGACUCUACUGACGCAGAAUAUUAGAUUUGUCCUGCAGCUGUCCAUUAUUCAGCACAAAUAAUGAGGGUCAUUUUUCUUCUCUGUGCCACCUUCACUUUGAGCAUUUCAACAGCAGAUCCAGUGAAGGAGAUGAAGCCAGAGCCGGUGGAGGAACCUGUCCCUGUUCAGCAAAAUAAGACUGGAGAGGAGAAACGAGGGGAGCCGCUGCCUCGGGGAGCAGGAAGGAUGGCCAAAUGGCAGUAUGGAGGAAUUAACCGGUUUCCAGACUAUUACAGUGGGGAGGAUGACUGUCCAACCAGCUGGCAAAGAUAUGGGUCCCGAUGUUUUGUCUUCAUCAACAGCCCAAUGGCUUGGGUAGAUGCUGAGAAACAUUGUUGGCCCUACGGUGCCAACCUUGCAUCCAUCCAUGACCAAUGGGAGUACAGUUUCAUCCAGGACUCUGUAAUAGACCAAGGAUACGAUGGCCAAGCCUGGAUCGGUGGCACUGAUGCAGUCAGGCCCAUGGACAGCUUAUGGAGUGAUGGUUCAGUGUCUGAUGUGGAGAGCUGGGCCGCAAGCACCUGGGAUAGACGCAAAAAAUGUCUUGCAAUACGUCGGUCAGACCUCCUGAAUAAGUGGUAUUGUGAAGAUAUGCUUCCCUUUGUGUGUGGAACGAGACCAGGUGGACUGUUUUAAAUAUACCACAAUGCUCUUAAUCAGGAAAAACAUCAUUGUGUAUUUUAGAGCCAAGUGUGUGCAGUCUGUUCCAGUCUGUAUGAGAAAUCACAUGAAACCAUCUUAAAACCAAGUAUAACAUUCAAACAUGCUGUAUUUAUAAAAAUAACAGCCGUUUCUGUGGGACUGGAUGUUAGUUAUGAUGAUUGUCUGAACAUCUGUCACGUUCCAUCUAUAAACAGCAAAAUGUACUUAUCAAAAGUAAAAGAGCUUAUCAUGCAGUAAAA